GUGGCCGGUAGUUAGGGAGCAGGCCGCGGAGCCUGCGGCUGGAUGAAGGGCGUCCGUGCAGAGUUCCCCGAGCGAUGGGGCCGCCGUUUGAGGGUGUUGAGGCAGAAAUACCCGUCCCGGAGUUAGCUGUGGUGCGAGGUGGCUGUGGGAGCGGGCCAAGUAACGCCCCGUUUCUCUCCCGUACGCCUUAGGGUGCCUUGAUGAAUAACUUAAAUGACCCUCCCAACUGGAACAUCCUGCCAAAUCAACGAGAGCCCGGGGAUGACGGCAGCAGAUGGAACUACGCCUUGCUGGUGCCCAUGCUGGGCUUGGCCGCCUUCCGUUGGAUCUGGACCAGAGAAUGUCAAAAAGAAAUAGAAAGAGAAAAAAAAGAAUAUUAUAAAAAACACUCAUCUUUACAAAAAGAGCUGGAAGCCAAAUACCGGGAUAUAAUCACAGAAAAUCGUCGCACGGUCGCUCAUUUGGAGUUGGAGCUUGAAAAGGAACGCCACAGAACCCUGAGUUACCGUGAAGCCCUUGUGUCCCAGAGUCGCAAACUAGUAGAAGAAAGAAGGAUCCUAGAACAGGAGCAGGAGAAGUUAGAGCGAGAAAAACAAGUCCUUUUGCGCUCAGGAGCAGAAGGUAACUUGUAUCAAAGUUGUCUGGCAAAGGAAGAAGAGUGGCAAAAGAGAGCCAAUAUUGUACUAAAAGAAUUUGAAGAGGGACUCAAAGAAAGACAGGACAUCUACUGCAGCCUUGUUGUACCCAGAGGCCAGAGACUAGAAAUAGAGAGAAAUCUGCUAGUUAAAGCAGCAACUGAUCCUGUUGCUAUGGCUCUACAUAUGGAAAGUGGCUUAAAAGAUAUUUUCAAACAUGAUAACUACUGUGGCAAUCUGCUGAACAGAAACAAAAGUCAAAAUGGAAGACUUAUGUGGCUGUAUCUGAGAUAUUGGGAACUAGCUAUUGAACUACAGAAGUUCAAGAGGGCAGAAAAGGCCAUGUUAGGAAAACGCUAAGUAGGGGAAGUAAUGGGAUUUCAUGUGAUCCACCGUGCAUAGUAGGGACAAUCACAGUUGUAGUGUGAAGGUGUUAAAUUCUCCUACUGCGUUUCCGUUUCUCCUCCUUGUUGCACUUAUAUUUGCAUGGGAUGUGCAGUGUCGGUGCCUUUCCUUUCACUGUCUAACAACAGAUGGUCCAGUGAGCUAUGCAUGCUCUUAAACUCUGUUGUGUUUGUAUUCCAGGCUGCCAUGUCGUAUAGAGAGAUGCCAGCUUCCAUAGGUAUCAGAAGCAGCAAAACAGAAUUUAGAGUGAUUUACCUAGUCGAUGGUCAUACUCCAUCAACAGAGAAGUGGGAUUUGUCUCCCCUAAGUGGGGUAGCACAUUGUACUCCUUAUCCCUGAUGUUUUACAUGAUGUCUCAAUGCUAUCUUUUUUUAAUUGUUUUUUUAAGUUUGCUUGUUUUGUUUAAGCAAGACUGGUUCUGAAGCAGAUGUUUGGAAGAGACUGUGUUUGAGCAAGCUACUUGCCACGUAAAUCCUAAGUGUAUAUACAUACAUUUAUAUAAAUUAUGUAUGUGUGAAUGUGUAUGUGUAUAAAUGUAUGUAUUAGUAUUCUGAGGGGGGGAAUAGUAUGAUCUUGUUUCAAAUUUAAUCAGUCUUGCAUUGUCUUCCAGCUUAAUAUAGAAAUAGUACUUUAUGAAUGAAACAUCCAAAAGAAGCUAAUUGAAAUAACACACAAAGAAACAGAUUCAUGAAAGUCUCAUUGGAGCUAGGGAUCCAUGCUUGAAUACUAGGAAGUGUAUAAACUCAAAGUUACAUUCUCAUCAUAUUGGAGAUAUGUUAAGAAUACUUAGGGUUUUUUUCUCAGUCAAAGUUUUAGUUGUAACCCAACAGUGUGCUUCCAUUAUAGACAUCACUGUGCUGCUGCCUGGUUAGCUUGCAGGAACCUCCGUGGGUUACAGCCAUUGUACCUGGCUCUGUUCCCUGAACAGGUCCCAUUUGUUAUUUGCAGAUAGGAACCUGAAUGCAACCUGCACUGGUAGCCACUACCUCCCUCUCUGACCGUCUCAGAUCUCCCAGGACUGAAGGAUACUCUUCCACGACUCUUAAAGUUUGAGCUUAUGGUUCACCACUUCACAUACACAUGACCAUGAAAGCCUACAGAUACACAAGCUUUGCAGACUUUAAAGAUAGGGGGCUUUUUAAUUUAGUUAGUGCAGUAAAAGAAACAGAUCUAGAU